AUGUCGAGCAAGAGAGAAUCCGCGAUUUAUCAAAGUUUGUUGAUUCCCCGCGCUGCGGUUGCGAUCGCCACUAACGCAUCCCCUGAUCUCAACAGAUAUUAUUGUACCUUUGAUCAACCCUAUGCAAGCUCAGAACAAAAUGAUGUCCAGGACAAACCCUUCCCUCGUCUUUCAAACGAUACCACCUUGACUGCCCUAACACAACUGGGUGUCUAUCGCUUUGGAUGCAAUCGGUCUUUUGUUUCAAUCAUCGACGGAGAAAGUCAGCAUGUCAUUGCAGAAGCAACCGCGUCGAUCUCUCUUCGGAACAAAGAUAUUCAUCGCCCGGAUGAUGGCAUUUUCCUAGGCGUCAAUACACUUGACUUGGAAUGGGGGGUGUGUCCCCACGCUAUUCGACUUUUCACUGGACAGGAUCCUUCCCAAAUACAAGACACGGAUAACAUCACGGCCAACCAGACACGUAACAUAAUUCGCGAUUUCACCAAGGAGGAUUUCUACAAAGAUCGCUCGUAUGUGCUUAACUGGCCUUUCUUUCGAUUUUACGCCGAGGUGCCACUGUACAGCCCUUCUGGGUUCGUACUAGGUUCAUAUUGUGUGGUGGACAACAAGCCUCGAACAAAUUUCGGAGACGAAGAUGUGGCUGUGCUUCGGGAGAUUGCCGACUCAAUUACGAAUCACCUUGAAAACGCGCGGAUCGUUCAAUAUCAUCGUCGUUCGGAGAAUUUGGUUAAAGGGUUGACCAACUUUGUGAAAAGUCAUUCAAAAUUUGACCCCAAUGGUUCCUCUACACAGGGUCAGAUGGAAGCAACUGCGAAAAAGCUCAAUUCUGAAGACUUGAGACGAUUAGCCAGCGCAGGCAACAUGGUUGGAACGCUCGAGUCUUUGCCCACACAAAAGGAUAUUGAAGUCUCGUCCGCAAGUCUUAAUGAAAAGGAAGUGUCGAUAUUUUCGCAAAAGAUUUCUCCCACGUCAAAUUAUACACUGCCAUCAUCGCUUUCUGACCCAGCGGAACCACUUUCCUCUUCCGUGGAAGGAACCACAGAAUCAUUAGUGCCAGAAAAUGUACCCAUCACUGAACGCAUAGCUGCGAUCUUUGCCCGUGCCAGUCUCCUCUUGAAAGAAUCUCUGGAUCUGGACGGGGUAAUCUUUCUUGAUGCCCACCGAAACGACCCGCAAUUCGAGCCUCCUGAGCGGCAUGAUGAUUGGGACGCUUUACCAAAUUUUGAGACGGGUUCCGCUGGUUCACGCUCUAGCCCCUGGGGUUCUAAUGCAAAUUCGCACAAAGAUGCAGAAAAUUAUUGUGGCUCCUUAGGCCAGGCUAUAAGCUGCAGGCCAGCUCAGAGUAACACUAACACGAAAUCUCAGGUCAAAGUGACCGAAGAGUUGCUGCAUUUGUUGAUCAAACACUUUCCAGACGGCCAUAUCUUCAACAUAGACAGCAGGAGUGAUCCGGCUAACCCUGUGGACUGUGCCAAUGGCAAUCCAGGCAGUCCUACUCCUAAUCUUGAAAUCAUUCGACAGAUCCCUCAUCGCCUCGCUCGUCAGCUCCCUGAAGCCAAGUCCGUACUUUUUUAUCCUCUAUGGGAUUGGAACAAAUCACGAUGGCUUGCAGGUACACUGGUAUGGGUAAAUGGAAGCCAUCGUCCUCUGGGCGCAGAAGACCUGCACUACUUUAAAGCUUUUGGAGAUUCUAUGAUUUCCGAAGUAUCCCGGAUACAUUGGACCGCCAGUGAGAACUCGAAAUUCGACUUUGUAACUUCUAUCAGUCAUGAGCUUCGCUCCCCACUACACGGGAUCCUCGCGAGCGCAGAGUUGCUGCAUGAUAUACCGCUCCAGACUGCGCAUCGUGAUAUGGUUAACAUGAUCUCAACAUCAGGACUGACAUUGCUGGACACAAUAGAUCAUCUGCUGGACUACUGUAAAAUUAACAACUUGACAACUACGCAAAGUCUCAGCGUGACCAGCACUGAAGAUUCUUCAACAACUCUAGUCUCCGACUUCAAUCUCGAUUCUUUGGUUGAAGAAGUCGCUGUGAUACUCCAUACCGGCCGAACGGCACCCAGGCUUGUCUCCUCUCUCACAAGUAAAACGUCUACUGCUACUCCAUCCUUUCAACCCAUCUCUCAUAAUACUCGAAAUGGGGAUGAAUUGUCAGUGAUAGUAAACAUCGAGCAGUCUAGUUCGUGGAAUAUCCGAUCAGUCGCUGGCGCCUGGAGAAGAAUAGUCAUGAAUCUCCUUGGCAACGCAAUGAAAUGGACGCAGGCCGGCCUCGUCGAGGUAUCGUUGUCACAGGCCGCAGCUCAAACUGAAACAGAGCCUCGCCUGGUCCAUCUCCGCAUCACAGACACCGGCCAAGGAAUUACACAGGACUUCCUUAAAAACUCAGCAUUCUCCCCAUUCGCCCAGGAAGACGCCCUCUCAGAUGGUGUUGGGCUUGGACUCAGUGUCGUGCAUAAGCUAGUGACUUUCCUGGGUGGUCAUUUGAAGAUGAAGAGCGAAAGCGGUGUCGGUACCCAGGUCGAUGUUUACAUACCCGCACAGUGUCCCAAGGAUCAUAUCUUCGCUAAGGACGAUGCUUCCUCGCUACGAAUCCAAAGAGACAAGGACGCUCUGAAGGCAUGCCUCGUUGGGUUCAACGGCUGUCCUGACUUGAGGGAGACGCCCACUGGUAUCCUGAGCUCCGAUGCGAAAAGAAUGCUUUCUGUUCAGAAUACUCUCGCCAAUGUUUUUAGAGUGCAACUGGGAUGGCAUAUCGCACUGGCUGAUUCACUUGAGAAGGGGGAGGGUGACGUCGCAGUCGUUGAGGAGGCAAAAUUCAAGGCUAUGUUGAAUGGCCAAUCACCAUCUACUAUGAAUUCCGGCCAUCAUUUCAAAUUCUUUAUUGUCUUGGGCAGCACGAAAUCCUCCCAGAACUACUCUCUUCCUCCGAAUGCUAUUCUGAUGUUACAGCCAUAUGGACCUCGGAGGAUCCGUGAAACCGCCCAAACAAUCAUCGAUCUGCACAAGUCACAAGCUGAAACCAGUGACCUCGAAGCUCCAGUUGCCGUUUCACCAAUAAGCCUUGGAACUCUUCCACCAGAACCUACUCUAUCAAACCUACCAGAAACAUCGAAAGGUCUUUCACAAGGGCCUCUAGUUGAAUUGGUUUGUCCGAGCCCUCUAAUCCCGGACUCGCCUCAAAUGAACAAUAUGAAUGUCCUCAUCGUGGAUGACAAUGACAUCAAUCUCAAGAUCCUGGCUACAUUAAUGCGAAAACUUGGCUGCAGUUACGACACGGCUUCCAAUGGGCUGAUUGCUUUGGAACAAGUCGAAUCUUCAAGUCGGAGAUAUGACUUGAUUUUGAUGGAUUUAUCAAUGCCUAUAAUGGACGGGUUGGUUUCAACAAGCAAGAUCCGACAGCACGAAAAGGACCAUGGUCUCCAACCCUCCCGCAUCAUGGCUGUCACAGGUGUCGCUUCGGAUACCAUGCAACAGGCGGCGGUCACCGCAGGUAUCGACGAUUAUUUAGUCAAACCUCUCUCUCUUCGUAAGCUCAAGAAGCUUAUGGAACCGACACUCUAA